UCCGGGAGACGCGUUGGCAAUUUCCUAAACACAGCUCAGUCAUAAGUAUCAUCCGAGGCCAGGGCAGGGGAGAGGUGUGUGUGUGUGUUGAAUGUAACACCGGCUGGAAGGCGACCAACUGAAGCAGAAGAUAGCUCGACACCGAUUUGACAUGAGCAGGGUGCCCUGACAUGGACAAAGAGAUGAUUCCCAAAUUUACGUCAAAGGAUGAGGAAGUUGAUUACUGGAAGUCCCAAGCCCUCAAAUAUAAGAAAAGUUGCUAUGAUGCCCAGGAGGAGCUGCAGGAGUUCCAGGAAGGGAGCCGGGAGCUGGAAGCUGAGUUGGAGGCACAGCUGAGCCAGGCCGAACACCGCCUUCGAGACCUCCAAAUUGAAAAUGAGAGACUGAAGAACGAGGUGUCCAACCUCAAGGAGAAGCUGGAGCAUCAGCAUGCCCAGAGUUAUAAACAGAUUUCUAUGCUCGAGGAUGACCUCGGCCAGACGCGCAGCAUCAAGGAGCAGCUCCAGAAAUACGUCAGAGAGCUCGAGCAGGCCAACGAUGACCUGGAGAGAGCCAAGAGGGCGACGAUAGUGUCCCUUGAGGACUUUGAGGGCCGCUUAAACCAGGCCAUCGAGAGAAAUGCCUUCCUGGAGAGUGAGCUGGAUGAGAAGGAGUCUCUCCUAGUAUCUGUGCAGCGGCUGAAAGAUGAAGCGCGAGAUCUGAGACAGGAGUUGGCAGUACGGGAGCGGACGACAGACAGGAUGUCAGCACCCAGCUCCCCCACCUUAGACAUCGACAAGAUGGAUUCUGCAGUGCAGGCCUCUUUAUCCCUCCCUGCCACACCUGUAGGAAAGAGCAUAGAGCACCCCUUCAUCAGCUCAAAAGCAAUGACCAAUGGCUGUGGCAACUCAUCCCUCACUCCUUCUGCUAGAAUCUCCGCUCUUAAUAUUGUUGGCGAUCUCCUGAGGAAAGUUGGGGCUUUGGAGUCCAAAAUCGCUGCCUGUAGGAACUUUGCCAAAGACCAGGCAGCAAGAAAAAAUUACUCCACAGACAACGGCAAACUCAUCAACAGCAAUGCCACAAAGUUCUCUCACUCUCUACAUGCCACUUACUUCGACAAAACGACUGUAAAUGGGUUGGACCCCAGCUCACUGACCUCCAUGACCGCAUCCAGAGCCGUGUCUCCACCAGGCUUGCUGCCUCUGAGUGUGUGAGGUGUCACAACAUAAACUAUAGGAACCGAGAGGACACUUGAAAGACCAUUACAUUGUGUGCUAGGGAUGUGUGCGUGUGUGCGUGUGUGUUUGUGUGCGAGAGAGUUUGAAAGGAAAAACUGAUGCGUGCGUUUGCCUGUUUGGGAUUGUGCAUUUUUUUUGAACGUGUGGAAGAGAGGCUUGGCUAUACAAUGAACUUGCCUCCAGUUUGCAGCUCUAAAUGCAUCUGUGGGUAGGUGCACAGUCAUGAGUGCAUAUGUUCCUACCACAUACUUGCAUGUGCCUAAAGCUGUACUGUACUUUGCUCGUAUGAAUGUCGUCGCAACGCCGCUGCUCCUGAAGUGGCACCGUUAUAUUCUUAGUUCCAGUGUUCAUCUGAAAACUACUAUCCCUGAUGACAAGAGGUCCUCAACAGACCACAGCUUCCUCUUAACCUUCUUUUCCUCCUUGUACGUUCACUCAAAUUGCACAGUUAAACUAAUUUCAAUUUAGAAUGUAUUAUAUUUAAAAAGGGAUGUGUUCAUAUUAAUUAAUUUAUCUCACAGGAUGCUUUAAAAUGCAAUAUUUCCUUGCAUAUGUAAUGUGGGGUCGGAGAGGUACAGUUGGACCCCAUAUUCAUGACUGAAGUGAAUGUUGAUCGUUCGAAGCCAUGUAGCCAUAGUGCAGUCGUUCCUAUUGUUACGGGCUACUUCCUGUAAUUAACUUGGAAGUAGUCCAACUUUAAAGCUUGGACAUAUCUGCCGGUUCUGUCCUCUGGGUUAAAGCUGCACUUAAACUGCUCCUCACAGGUUUUGCUGCAGUCCAGUGUUUCUUCCUCUGUGGACAUCCAUUGACAUUUCAAGGGAACAGUUUUUUGCCUCUUUUUUUUUUUUUUUUUAUGUUUUGAUGUAUACUCUUCUUUUCUCUCUCUUGUGACAGGCUCAUUUACCUCAUUCUGAUAUAAGGGCAAUUCUCCACGGUGGUGGUCGUAAUAUGAGAAGUGAAUUUGGCUUUAUAAAACUCCCACAAACGGAUACUCAAAACAAAACUGACUCGAAGAUCUUUUGUAGAGACCGUUUGUUAACUUUGGCUGGUGUAUGAUGGUACGGUCCGUUGUGUCAUAUUUGCUGAUUAUUUGUUAUUGUGUGACCUUUAUGUUUAUUUGACUUGAUUUUUUAGCAGGUUGGAUAUUGGCAAAGCAUUCAUUUGACAUGUCAGAAUUUUGUCUAAAUCCAUUUGGCCCAAAUAUUUUCUCCCUUUUCAUAGAGUGACACCAUCUUGAAGCAUAAUUUGAAGUUUAGUAUUUAUUUGAAUUUGAUCAUUUGAGAUGUCAUUUCUGGGCACUCUAUGAGCCUGUUACUAAAGUGUUCUUCAGUCACUGUAAAUAGCUUGUAAGGAUGGUAAUUUUGCCGACCACAUUUGUACAUAAUGCCAUUUGGCGUUAAAGUCCUAUUUAUUUCAGAUUCUUGUAUGGCAUGUUCAGAUGAUGAAUGGUUAAAGCCAUUGUAAUAUGAUAUCAAAUUGUCAAAGUUGUUUAAAUAAAUAAAUAAAGAUUGAGAUGACAAAUA